AUGUCUGUUUACAUCAAAAAAGAAGGUCCUCAGCUGGAUUUUGCUGGAGAUUUCGACAAUUGUGUGAAGCAGGAAUCCAUCUCUAGUAAGGAAGAGAAGGAGGAGUUUGGUAUUAAACAAGAGUCCUCUGAAGUGGAACUUUCUCCCACAGUUAAAAAGCCGGCUCCUCCUGUAGGUUAUGCAGAUAAAGAGAAGUUUAUGGACCGCAAAGUUAAAGAUGUCCAUCUGAGGUGGGCUUUCCGAGGAAGUUCAUCCCCAUAUCAGGUGGCAUGCGAGCCUGAAUGUGAGAAGGUAGACAUGGAUAGAUUGGGGAUUCAGUUAAUGCCGAGUGCAACCAGGGAGAAGCUAAAAGCAGUCCAGACUGUAGAUGAGCCCUCAAAGACCAUUGGCAUAUCACACCAACUUAAAGUCUAUCAGCAAAUCGAUACAAGUGAAAAUCCACACCAGUUCACUAAAUUUGGAAAGACGGUUCCUCAAGGUGGAGACCGUGGAAAACAAAAGAGAUCUCACACUAGGAAAAAACUGUUCCAAUGUACUGAAUGCGGAAGGUCCUUUAACCGGAAUGCCAGACUUGCACAACACCAGCGAAUACACACAGGCGAAAAGCCGUUCCAGUGUAAUGAAUGUGGAAAGUCAUUCAGCCAGAAUAUCGAUCUUCGACGACACGAGAGAAUUCACACGGGAGAGAAGCCGUAUCGAUGUUCGGUCUGCGGAAAGUCUUACAGCAGGAACGCCAGGCUGAAACAUCACGAGAUAAUUCACACUGGAGAAAAGCCGCACAGAUGCGCCGAAUGUGGAAAGACUUUCAUCGUCUCUGCGAACCUUAAGUACCACCAGAGGCUUCACACCGGGGAAAAACCUUAUCGAUGUAACGAAUGUGGUAAGACGUUCUGCCAGCUGUCACAAUUUAAACUUCACCAGGUUAAUCACACGGGAGAAAAGCCGUUCCAGUGCACUGAAUGCGCAAAAUGUUUCAACUUGGCUUCAAACCUUAAAGUCCAUCAAAGGAUUCACACGGGAGAAAAACCGUACCAGUGUAAAGAAUGUGGAAAAUCGUUUGGCCAUGUCACCAGCCUUAGGCAGCAUCAGAGGAUUCAUACAGGAGAAAAACCUUACCGGUGUAUCGAAUGUGGAAAGACGUUUACCCAAGUGGCAAACCUUCACUGCCACCAGAGAAUUCAUACGGGAGAAAAAACAUACCGGUGUACCGUGUGCGGAAAGACCUUCUACUGGCCGGCCAGUCUUACGCGGCAUCAGAAUGUUCACAGAAGAGAAAGAAAGGCCAGAAGGCGGAGAAGGAGAGGAGAGAAGUUGUACCCAUCUUCAGAGGUACCAGGGCUGUUGAAGCCCUUAUGA